AUGGUAACACGAGGAAUGUGGAAAAGGAGACGAUUAUCUGCUAGGGAAAUGUCACUUGCCGACGUGCAUCCUUCACCACAUUCAAAAAGUGGCUGCAAUACACUCAUCUGUCAGCUUCUGCCAUUUGUGCCUUCCAUGUCCCGGAACUACAACAUGAACGAAUGCGUUGAGAAGAACAUUACGGGAAUCCCAGUGAAGUUCUGUUGCUGCAACGAUGCCGAUUACUGCGCAACAAACGAGUGGAAACGUGAUGGCUUGAAGGAACAGACGUUGUUCAUCCACACCGCUUUAUCGUUCAGCGACGACUUGCUACAGAUCGGGCUCAUGUUAGUUUGGGGUCAUGAUGCAAUCUAUUGGGGAAAAUGGACGACGUGGGUGAAUGAGGCCAUGAAUUACAAGAAAGGCGGCCGUAUUGGACGCAAUCUGUGA